UCCUGUAACUUCGCCUGUCCAUUAUUCACUCAUGUAUCGAGUGUUUAGCUGCGGUUUUCUGUGAUCAAACUUGCCCGAGGAAGAUGCCACCAUUCCUGCAUUGACUGCACUCCUGUGCUCCGUGCUUGCUUGCUUGCAUGGUGUCCGUGUCUUGCUGCUGUCGCCCGGGGUUGUUGCAGUCAGUCUGGCCUGCUGCUGCUGCUGCUGCUGCUGCUGCUGCUGCUGACUGCCUCGGCUGCGAAUUAACUUCAUUUAAUUUCUCGGCGUUACCUUUCCAACCCCGAAAUGAUGUUUAUUUUAUGAAGAUGGCGGUGAGGGGGACACUGUAAACUAAAUGACUGUCCGAAACAUCGCAUCCAUUUGUAAUAUGGGCACCAAUGCCUCUGCUCUGGAGAAAGACAUCGGCCCGGAGCAGUUCCCCAUCAAUGAACACUACUUCGGAUUGGUCAAUUUUGGAAACACAUGCUACUGUAACUCAGUGCUGCAGGCGCUGUACUUCUGCAGGCCUUUCCGGGAGAACGUUUUGGCGUACAAAGCUCAGCAGAAGAAGAAGGAGAACCUGCUCACAUGCCUGGCCGACCUGUUCCACUCCAUCGCCACACAGAAGAAGAAAGUGGGAGUCAUACCGCCCAAAAAGUUCAUCUCACGGCUGCGCAAAGAGAAUGAUUUGUUUGAUAAUUACAUGCAGCAGGACGCCCAUGAGUUCCUGAACUACCUCCUAAACACAGUGGCGGACAUCCUGCAGGAGGAGAAGAAGCAGGAGAAACAAAAUGGACGCCUUAAGAACAACGGCACAGCAGUCACCACGGCAACAGAACCCGACUCCGAGAACAAGACCGAGCCCACCUGGGUCCACGACAUCUUCCAGGGCACGCUGACCAAUGAGACACGCUGCCUCAACUGUGAGACGGUGAGCAGUAAAGAUGAGGAUUUCCUGGACCUGUCUGUGGAUGUGGAGCAGAACACAUCUAUUACACACUGUCUCAGGGACUUCAGUAACACAGAGACGCUGUGCAGUGAAUACAAAUAUUACUGUGAGAUGUGCUGCAGCAAACAAGAAGCCCAGAAACGGAUGCGUGUGAAGAAGUUGCCCAUGAUCCUGGCCCUCCAUCUGAAAAGGUUUAAGUACAUGGAGCAGCUGCACAGAUAUACAAAGCUCUCGUAUCGCGUGGUGUUCCCCCUGGAGCUGCGCCUCUUCAACACAUCCUCAGACGCCGUGAACCUGGACCGCAUGUACGACCUGGUGGCUGUGGUAGUGCACUGUGGCAGCGGUCCAAACAGAGGUCAUUACAUCACCAUAGUGAAGAGUCACGGAUUCUGGCUGCUGUUCGACGAUGACAUUGUGGAGAAAAUUGAUGCACAGGCCAUUGAGGAGUUUUAUGGACUCACAUCGGACAUCUCCAAAAACUCUGAGUCUGGUUACAUCCUCUUCUACCAGUCCCGGGAGUGAUCGGAGCGGCACAGACAGGACUGAAUAGGAUUUUUCUAUUAUACCUUUAGCCCAAUAGACCCACCCACACCACCUCCACUGUCUCUGUCUAUGGAACGGGUGCCAAUCCUUACGUGAGCCCUGAGUGUCGUGAGAUCUAAGUUAAAUGCGUCUUUAGCCACCUGCAUCUGGAUUGCACUUUAUAACCAAAAGCCCCACCCCCUGAUGUAGGCUGAUAUACAAAGACCACUGUAACAAGUCUAUUAUGGUUGUGUCUAAAUAUACUAAUGUUUUAUUGAUGGAACUGUGCAAAAGUUUUGUGAAACAACAGAAAAUUUUGUCCAGUACCAGACUAAAUGUUCUUUCUGCAGAAUUAACACUAAGACUGAAAUUUGUGUUGCUGAUCUAAUACAGAAAGUUUCAAAAUACUGCCUAUAAUUGCAGCCUUUGUUGCUUUCCUUGAUUCAAUUUAUAUGUUUGAGAUAACUUAUUUAGAUCUCACUAAAACUUUUGCACAGUAUUGUACCUCUCCUAAUCUUUCACUAGGGCUAAUAUCAGUGUCUAUUAUAUGUUUAUAUGAAGAACACUCAGAAGGUGUACUAAGGAAACCUACCUAAAAAAAAACAUUGACCAACACUACAAAAUAUACCCCUAUUUAUUUAAUCUAUUUAUUAAUGUAAAGUGACUGAUUGUUAAUGAAGGUAUAAAUACCGAUUUGUUGUAAUGUUGCGGUACAAGUGUACACCAUACACAAAAUAUUUCCAAGACUAUAUAAUGAACUUUUUUUAUUCAUUUCUUAACUUUCAUGAAUUGGAAAAAAUUAUAAAAAUAUAUGAUUAAAAAGAUUCCCACUAGUGGAUCAUAAACAGCAGUGGCUGGUAAAACAUUAAUAUUUUUGAAAUAAUUUUUAGUUAGACAAAGGUUAAAGGUGCACUCUGUAACAUUUCUAGUGGAGGGUUUCCAUGGAAAUGCUAUUGCUUUGUCUAGAAUGUUCCAGAGUAUAGAUUAAACCUACUUACAGCACUAUGCUGCAUUACAAUUCAGAUCUGUGGAGAUUCGCCCCCAUUCACAGAAGGAAUUAUUAUGUUUUUGAGCAAUAGAAACACCCAUAAUGGAUAAAUGCUAAAUGGAUAUGUUAAAUGUCAUCAUGGAACAUUCCAGGUUAAGCAAUAACAUCUCCAUGGAGACAAACAGUUGUGGCUGACCUUCCACCAGAAAAGUUGCGCAUUGCACUUUUUAAAGGGAGCAGUGAUUCAUUGGUUCAGUUAUUUCUGUAGCGUUUUUGUUCAUCUCGACACAUUUCCAAUUUUCUUUAGAUUUUUUGCUGUGACUCGUCAUCCAUCAAUGUGGCAAUGUUGUGACUGCUUCUGUCGCACAGGCAAGACUGAACACUAAAAAAACAUCACAAUAGUUUCUCACUGAGACAGAUAUCCACUACAUUUAAUUAUCGAUUGUUGUUUUCGCUGUGGUCCUUCCUUUUGUUUUGCUAAGGCUGCUCCAUCACCAGAAGCCCCUAUACCUGCUGGGCCUGUCACACAGUCUGGAAUAUUGUAAGACUUAGUUUAACUAUGGUUUGACUCUUAAGUCUUUUUGUCGUUUUCAUUUAAAAUUAUCUAGAAGUGAAAUUUAAAUAUCAUGUUUGUUACCUAUCAUGUUUUCUAGGCUUGUUGCCAUGUCUUGUACAAUAUACGGCUGAAAAUAAGAGACCACUGCAAAUGUAUCUUUCCUUCAUUAUCAAAUCUCUUGUGUCUGUUAAAUUCUGCAUGUUAAGAUAUGCUUUCAGUUUUAUUUGGAAAAAGUAUUCACAAAAUUAUACCACUGUUAAAAUAUAAUACAUUCACCUUUUUGGGAUCAUAUACACUAGUCAGUACAGAUUUUCUUCUUGUUUCUUUUUUUAAUCCAUUACAAUCACUAUUUUGCAGUGGUCUUUAUUCCAGAGCUGUAUUUACAUUCCUAUUUGUGUCAUCUCAUUGUUUAUUAAUGGUAUGAAAAGGUUUGUUUAGACUAGUGUGUGUCUGUCCUGGUUAAAUUAGACUUGAGACGAGAGAGCUCAAUGCACUUAUUUCUCUUCUAUCGAGUCUGUGAAGGGUUAUGUGCCAAACCUGAUCCAAUAUUAUAACAAAAUGUUUUCUUAGUUAAAAAAAAAUGCAACCUGUACAUAUACCAUAUAACAUGGAGGAAAUAGGAAAAUAUUUUUUUAAAGAUUUUACUGCUCAUUGCAAAGAUGUUGGCUCACAGGAACAUGUCGAUAAAUUGGAUUACUGUUGAAAUAAUGCAUAUUGUGAACUGGUUUAAAUCAAAAAGUACAUAUUUAAGGCUUAUUGCAAACAAAAAACAUACUAAGUUUAAGGCUGUACUUGAUUUAAAGUUGACAUACCCAGUGCAUUGAUUUGUCAACUAAAAGAAGGCAUGACAUAGCGCUUCAAAAAUCUCUUAAAAUUAAGUACUUUUAAAAGGUGUAACUUGUAUCCAUGGAGAUGUUAUUGUUUUGUCUGGAAUGUUACGGAGUAUGGCAUAAAACCAUCUAUCUUCCCUAUCAAUUACAGAUGCUUUUAUUGGUCAAAAAAUACAAUGAAAAAUGUCUGAAUAAUUUGACCUCACCUGUUUGUCUUCAUGGAGCUUGACAAGUUUAAUGCCAUAUUGUGGAACAUUCCAGGCAAAGCAAUAACCUCUCCAUGGAGAAAAUGAGGUGAUGGACCUUGAACUAGAAAAGUUACAUAGUGCACCUUCAGAAACAAAUAUUUAUACAAAGACAUACAAGUCUUCAUUAUGUAUUUAUUUAUUUAUUUUGUAAAACGAAUAAGAAAACUCAGUCACUGUCUUCUCCGUUGUGCUAUUAGUACAGUAAUAUCCAGAAUUUCUUGACAUGUAUCUGUAAGCCUUGUUAAGAUACUGUGCUGUCAACAAUCACAAAAUCAUUGCUAACAUGAUGCUAACAUAAAUACUCAAAAGCAAAAUCAGAAAUAACGAGGGGAUGUUCUUCCAUGGAAACAUAUGCACAAGCCCCCACUAUAGGACGCCAUUGCCCUCUUUGCAUUUUAUGUCAAUCGAACUGUGAUGACAACUGGAAGCUUCUGGGUGGGAGAAAAAAAUCUUGAAAUGUUGAAAAAUUUGGCUGUAAAACUGAAAGUGCACUUUAAUAUAUUGAAGAGCUGCAAUGCUUUAACAUGAAGAACCACAGUUGGACUAAUAUGACACGUUUGUU